AUGUCGUAUAGAUUAAUCAAACUCAAUUCAGGCAAUACUAUCCCAUCUAUAGGGUUGGGAUGUUACAACAUCCCCACUGCCCAAACCUCCAACAUUGUCUAUGAAGCCUUGAAAGAGGGAUAUCGUCACUUUGACACAGCUGUGUUAUACGGCAAUGAAGAAGAAGUCAUUGAAGGUAUUUCAUCUUAUCUUCAUGACCAUCCAGAAGUGAAAAGAUCGGAGAUAUUUUAUACCACCAAAUUGUGGAAUAGUCAAUUGGGCAAAUCCGCGACAGAAAAGGCCAUUGACACCAUGAUGAGUCAGAUUGGGGAUUUGCAAUAUAUCGAUAUGUUAUUGAUCCAUUCGCCAUUACCUGGACAAAAACGUCGAUUAGAGAGUUGGGGUGUUAUGCAGGAUGCUGUGGCCCAGGGCAAAAUUAAAAACAUUGGAGUGUCAAACUAUGGUCAGCAUCACAUUGAGGAAUUGCUCAAUUGGCCCCAUUUGAAAAUCCCACCGGCAGUCAACCAAAUAGAAAUUAGUCCCUGGUGUAUGCGUCAAGAAUUAGCACAGUGGUGUUUAAAGAAAAAUAUUCAUGUAGAAGCGUACGCACCAUUGACACAUGGAUCCAAGUUGGAAGAUUCAAGCCCUGAAUAUCAAAAGAUUAUGCAAAAGUAUGAUAAAUCGGCAGCACAGAUUUUGAUCAAAUGGUCAUUGACAAAGGGGUACAUCCCAUUACCAAAGACAAAGACACCUUCGAGAUUGAAAGCGAAUUUGGCGAUGAAUGACUUUGAAUUGACGCCAGAAGAAGUAGAGAUUAUUGAUCAGCCUGACGCUUAUGAGCCUACAGAUUGGGAAUGUACCGAUGCUCCAUGA